UUUAAAAAUAAAUUUAAAUAAUGGACCAAGAUUUAUUGAGACCUUAAUAUGAAAGCGAAAAGAGAAAGCAUAAAUUAAAGAGAUUGAUUUAAGCUCCAAACUCAUACUUCAUGGAUGUCAAAUGCCCAUAGUGCCAAGCUAAUAACACCGUAUUCUCCCACGCCAGAGGCAUUAUCACUUGCAUUAAAUGCUCAAGUCAAUUGGGAAGAUCUACAGGAGGAAAGUUGUAACUCGUUCUUGGUGCAAAAUACAAAACAAAAAAAUGAUAGUAUAUGAUAGUAUAAUAAAUAAACAUACAUAGCCACAUGUUCAAUAAAUUAAAAGCA